AGAACCUGUCCGGUAACGGAACCAGCGCUAACAGCUGCUGGGAAGAAGGAAGUUCAGGAUCCAGCAGCGACGAGGAGCAUGGUGGAGGAGGGAUGCGGGUCGGACCGCAGUACCAGGCCGUGGUUCCUGACUUUGACCCGGGUAAGUCUUCAGAGCAGCUCGGUAGCCUCGAGACGGAGUGGUAGCCUCGAACAACGGCCACCAAAGUUCCUGCGACUGAUUCCAGCUGCACGUGCCUCACCGGUCCGGUUCUCCUGUACUGGUCCCAGUCUACUGGACUGGUUCUACUCUACUGUACUGGCUACAGUCCUCUGCUCUGGUCCCAGUUUAUCAUAGAGGUUACAGGCCCAGUCCUUUGUACUGGUCCAGGUCUACUGUACUAGUCUCAGUUUAUUGUAGAGGUUACAAUCCCACUUCUCUGUACUGGUCCCACUAUACUGUUCUGAUCCGAAUUCUCUGUACUGGUUUCCCACCUCUUCCAUGGUUCCAGGUCUGUCUACUGGUCCCAGAUUGCUGUACUGGUUUCAAUCCUCUGUACUGGUUCCAGAUUGUUGUUCUGGUCCCAGCUGUAUAUAUGUAACUGGUUCUGGUUCUGUAGCUGAGUCCUGCUGGUUCUCAGUUUACAGACUCCUUCCUGUAGUCUGAUCGUGUUUCAGCCUGAUCAGGAUCCAUUGAUCCUGAUCAGGCUGAUCAGAAAUCUGAUGCUAACACUUAGCCCGUUAGCUAAACUAAAGAUCAAAGAACCAGGUUCUCUUUGUUGUGGUUCUUUUCAGUUUGGGUUCUAGUUUGUCUCACUGAGGAUCAUUGUAAUGCAUUAACAUGUGUGUGUAUGUUUGUGUGCGUGUGUGUGUUUUCCUACAUGUAUGCGUGUUAUUGUGUUUUUCUACAUGCGUGUUUCUCUACAUGUGUGUGUUAUUAUAUUGUUCUACAUGCGUGUGUUUCUCUACAUGUGUGUGUUAUUGUGUUGUUCUACAUGCGUGUGUUUCUCUACAUGUGUGUGUUAUUGUGUUGUUCUACAUGCGUGUGUUUUUCUACUUGCGUGUGUUAUUAUGUUGUUCUACAUGCGUGUGUUUCUCUACAUGCGUAUGUUAUUGUGUUUCUCUACAUGCAUGUGUUUUUCUACAUGCGUGUGUUGCAGACGUGGCCCAGGCCGCUCAGCUCAGAGAGAAUCUGGGGAUGUUGGUUUGGAUUCCCAGCAGCUGCCUGAAUCAGACUCAGCUGGAUGAAUACAUCGCCAUCGCCAAAGAGAAACACGGAUACAACAUGGAGCAGGCUCUCGGGAUGCUCUUCUGGCACAAACACAACAUUGAGAAAUCUCUGGCCGACCUGCCGAACUUCACUCCGUUUCCUGACGAGUGGACGGUGGAGGACCGAGUUCUGUUCGAACAGGCCUUCAGCUUCCACGGGAAGAGCUUCCACCGCAUCCAGCAGAUGCUGCCUGAUAAGUCCAUGGCCAGUCUGGUUCGGUUUUAUUACUCCUGGAAAAAAAGUCGCAGUAAAACCAGUCUGAUGGACCGACAAACCCGAAAACACAAGAGAGAGCGAGACGACAGUGACGAUGAAGUUGAAGAAGGUAACGGGAAUCCUCCGAGCGACUCCGAGUUUGACGCCAAUAAAGACUACAAGAAGGAGGUGAGUUCGACAUCAGAGAGGUCGGAGGUGAAACCAGCUACAGGUCUGAAGACAGGUGGGAAGGCGUCUCAGCGAAUGAAGAAACGUCCUCCCAGAGGAAUGUUUCUGAACCAGCAGGACGUCGUCUCUUUAUCAGCUUCGUCUCCUCAGGGACUCAUCAGACACCUGGACUGUCAGCUGGUGUCCAUCAAGAGACAGAUUCAGACCAUCAAACAGACAAACAGCACUCUGAAGGAGAAGCUCAGCUCAGGAGUUGAAGAGUUCAGGCAACCCGAGAUGAAUCAGAAAUUCAACAACCGUUGGACCACAGAGGAGCAGCUGCUCGCUGUACAAGCCAUCAGGAAGUAUGGGCGGGACUUCCAGGCGAUCUCAGAUGUGAUUGGCAAUAAGUCGGUGGUCCAGGUGAAGAACUUCCUGGUGAACUACAGACGGAGGUUUAACCUGGACGAGGUUCUUCAGGAGUGGGAGGCCGAGCAUGGGAUGGAGGGGGGAGGCGGGGGAGACGUGGGAGGAGAGGACGACAAGAUGGAGGAGAAAAUGGAGGUGUGUCCGGCUGAGGAAGACGAGGUCACUGCAAAGCAGACAAAAGAGGACUCGUCCUCACCCGUGGAUGCUGAGAAGCCGCUGCCCUCCUGAGACUUCAGACUCCGCCCCCUGUUAUAUGCCCCGCCCCUUCAUCAAGCACCGCCCCUCUGGGUUAUAUGAUGUAAUUUGUUUUAUUAUUAAGUGAUUUUAUUUUAUUUCAGUCUGUCAGCCGGGCCUCUGUCGAUCAUUGAUCAGGUUUGUGUCAUGAACUAUCACCUAUCGUUGCUGCUCUUCUGGACCAAUCAGGAGUCAGACCUGACCUGUCAAUCGAAGGGGAAGGAGCUUGUUUUUGCUUUUAUUCUUUAUUUGUUAUUGAUUCCUUUUCUUUUGCAUCCUGUCUGUCUGUCUGUUUAUGUGUGUGUGUGUGAGGGUGAAGGUGUAGAACUGAAGCAGCCAUGUUGGAUGAUGUCGCUCAGGUAGGGGGCGUGUCCUGUCCUGAUGACAUCAUCCAGUUUUUUUUUUCUGAAUUUUACGAACUUUUUAGAGGAAAGACAAUAAAACCAAAGUUCAUCAGCAAAAACA